AUGUGCCACUUUCAGGUCUCCUCACACUGCUGGUGGGUUCCAUUUUGUCAUAGGGUGCUGGCAGAUUACGGGCCUCCCAUUGCUGCUGCCAGGCCCGUAAUCUGCCAUGGGCCCCCGUACCGACUCCUCAUGCUGCUGCCAGGUCCAGAGUGUCUCAUGGGUCCCUGUACGGCCUCCCAUUGCUGCUGUCUCCAUCGCCACACUCUGCCAUGUGCCACUUUCAGGUCUCCUCACACUGCUGGUGGGUUCCAUUUUGUCAUAGGGUGCUGUAUGGCCUCCCAUUGCUGCUGCCUCCACCGCCACACUGUGGCUCCACACUCUGGUUUUGGCCCCGUGACUGCCCAAAUGAGUGAAGUGUGCGGUGAUUCUAAGAUCGACGGCACUCAUCUGCAUGUCAUACUG